GACCUGACGAAACCUGGAGAUUUAUCAUAACAUGACACCGGAUAGUUUAGUGUUGAGUGUAGCUGAGGAAAGUCUGAAUGGAUUAAUGACACUGAUGGUUAAAACGAAAGAAAGGUUUUUAGGCUGAACAGUUAGGAAGUGUUGUGAAGUUUAUAUCGGUGACAGCUCGAGGUGAAGUGGUGCAGCGGCGGUGUGAGCAGGUUGCCGGCCGGUGUUUAGCCUCUGAGCUAGCAAGAAAACUAGAAGAAGCUGUUAGCUGAGCGAAGCCUGGGUUCGCUGUCAUUCGCUGUGUUCUUGUAUUUUUAGCCAGUUUAUUCCUAAUUAUAAUAAGUAAUUAUAGCUAUGAGUGCCGCGGUGUAUGUUUUAUCCACGGUUACUGGUUAUGUGCUCACAUCCGCUUUGUUGCUGAAAUGUCCUUCGUUGCUGCAUCGAAGGAAGCGCGAGACUUUCCGCAGCCGCCACAUCUCCCACCGGGGCGGUGCAGGUGAGAACCUGGAGAACACGAUGGCAGCCUUCAGGCAUGCUGUACAGCUUGGCACUGACAUGCUGGAGCUGGACUGUCAUUUGACCAAGGACGAGCAGGUGGUGGUCUUGCAUGACUCCAACCUGAAGAGGUCGACCGGAGUUAGCGCCAACAUUUCAGAUGUUGCAUACGCCGAUCUUCCACCUUACUUGUGUAAGCUUGGUGUGACUUUCAAGCGAGAGUGCUUUGUCGAAGGAGGUGAAGAUAAAAACAUCCCUCUACUGAGAGACGUAUUUGAGGCUUUCCCGAAGACCCCCAUUAACAUUGACAUCAAAGUCAAUGAUGACACACUCAUCAGGAAGGUCUCUGAGCUGGUUGUUAAAUAUGAUAGAGAGCAGCUGACUGUAUGGGGUAACUCCAGUGACAAGAUAGUUAAGAAAUGCUACAACGAGAACCCUCGGAUCCCACUGCUGUUCAGUUUACCCAGAGUUCUGCUCCUCGUGGGGCUUUUCUAUACUGGCCUUCUGCCCUUUGUACCCCUUAAGGAGCAGUUCUUGGAGAUCCCCAUGCCUUCUAUUACUUUGAAACUCAGAGACCCCAGGAAAAUGACACGGAGUGAACGCCUCAUCACUUGGCUGGCAGACACCCUCCUCAUGAGAAAAGCUCUGUUUGACCAUCUAACAGCUCGUGGAAUACAGGUCUAUGUGUGGGUGCUGAAUGAUGAGGAAGACUUUAAACGCGCAUUUGAUCUCGGGGCCACCGGGGUGAUGACAGACUACCCCACCAAGCUCAAAGAGUUCAUGGAGAAUUUCCCUUCUACAUCCAAAUGACAUGUGAAGGGAGAACAGCUCACGUUAUUAAUUUUCUACUCUAUUUUUCCACCUUUCUGUGUGGCCUGGUCAGAAUAUCCUGCAGUCUUGUUUUUACACAACACCAUUUGCAUGUGUGAAGUAACAGAAGAGACUGAUAGGAGUGUGCUGACCACUUUUUAAUAAGAAUGAUUUCGUUAUGAGGGCAUAAUAGAUAUCUUUUUGAAAACAGUAGCACACACGUUAUCCAUAGCAGAGCCAGAUAGUUAUCCUAAAUCAGAAUCAGUUUUAAAUCUGUUAUUACAGUAGUAUAGAUAUAGACUAUACUAUGGAUUUUUUUAGUAAAGCCUAGAGAAAAAAUAUAUUACAAAAGUAGAUUGACAUAUGGUGAUAAAUUACAGAGAUUAUACUACUGGAGGUGGCAGUUUAGUAGUAGUAAUAGAGCUUUUAGUUUCACUACAGAUUUUAAUACAGCCUCAUUGACUUGCCCUAACAGAACUUACCCAGAAGGCAUUUCAAUUUUCAUUUCAAAACAGAAUUUGAAUUUAAUGAAGCUGCUUAUAAACGUGAACCUGGAGCAACAAAAUACUUAAUAUUUCGUAAUCCUCAGUGUAUAAUUCAUACCAUUCCGGUUAAAAAAACAAAAAAACAAAACUGUUUUCUCCUAAACUCUACUCCCCUUGUGCUGCAAGUGGCCGAAGUGAUACUGAUACACUCUUCUGUACUGUGAGGGAAAGUUGACAAGAGCGAAAACAGUAUUACAAUACAGGGCUAUUGAGACAUGGAAGGGUACCAACAUUGGCCCUCUCAUGCAGUUCAUCACCCAGAUGCAGCCAGUAAUACAAUACAUUUCUUAGCAGUAAAUGACCACUAAGUAGUGUGUUUCUCAUGUUUACAAAUAAAUGUUUUAGUCAAGAUAUGCUUAUAAUCACGAAUCCGUGACUGAAAAUAUUUUAUUACUGUAGGAUUAUCUCAAGCAAUAGCUCUGUUUUUUCAGUUUAUUAUCUCUGGCUUGUAAAAGCAUUUAAUUGCCUGAGUGAUGUGAGGUAGAGAGAUGCUGUAGCUUUUUCAGAGGCAAUAAAAUCUCCAUAUAGAUCAUAAAAGUUCAGUGGAGCGGCCAAGCACAUAACUGCCUAUUCUGAUUUUCAGCUGUGCUCUGAUCACAUAUAUUAAAGGAAUACUCCAGCAUUUUGUUAACCUAAUCUCUAUUUACUGUAUAUGUAGUGAAUUACCAUUAAAAAAAAAUUCAUUUGGCACAUUCUCUGUAGUAAAAAAAAAAAAGAACAGAAAUCUAUUCACUUGGUACAUUUUUAUAAUGUAACUCAAAUUGUAGUUGUUGAAUUCUAUCAAUACACAUUUCAAAUAUUGUACUAAAUAACACAUUGAAAACUACAACUCGAACACAUUAACAAUGAUCAUCUUAGGAUGUGACAGACAAUCAUCACCAAAGCAAUGCAGUAAGUAGUUAUUCUGAUAGACAGAAAAUAAGGCACGUCCAUGUUUACAGUGGCUCAGUACUUUUUUGUUUGCCCCAACAACUACACUUUUGACUUCCUUUAUAAUUGAGUUUAGAAUAAAGAGGUUUACUGUUUCUUUCUCAGUACAAGGAAACAUGUCAGAAUUUCUGUCUGGGGUAAUCGCCCAUGCAUACAGAUAAGGUAUAUGGACAUUAGGUUGAAAAAUGCUGGAACAUUCCUUUAAUACAUGAACAGAUAGACAUAUUACAAUGAUGCCAUUUUGUGUGUUACCUCAUAGCCUGGGUUAACGUUUAAAUAAUAUCCCUAGAUAAUAGGAGUCCAGUGUCUCCUAUACAUAAAAAAGCCAUACAAAUUGAUAAAAUGAAUGUAAAGUGGAAACGAGUGUUGCCUUCAGGUCACAGUUUGUGCUCUAUGUUUCUGAAGUGUGUGUAGUUUCCUACAACCAUCCUAAAACGUCUGAGCUUUCACACUUUGAGAGGACAGUUUCUUGAUGAACCCUUUUUUGUUGUUGUGAGGUAUGAGCAUCCUCUGGCUAAGAUUGCUUGGCUUGAAAGAAUAAUAAUGGUGGAUGGGACUGAAGGCAAACAAAGCUAAACGUUUUCAGGUUGGUCAUGCAUGUAGGUGAUGCUACAACACAAGUGAGCUAAGUCGCACCCCAGUCCUGCAUGAUGCCUUUAUAAUCUGCUCUCAGAUUUAUUCAAAGGAUUAUCAACAGUUACACAUUCCAAGUCAAAUCAUAUGUGUUUAAUGCUUCUUGAUGAAUACAGUUAGCAUUACUGAUUUUAAACAGGUUAUGGGCCUUGGUUUGUUGGGGUUUUUUUUCUUCAUGUUUGUGUAUCAUAAAAAUGUUUUAUUUAAAAGCCAUAGGUUUUACAUAGAUUUCAGUGCAAUCGUAUACUUUAUAUACGGGGGGGGGGGGCAUGAUGGCUUAGUGGUUAGCAUGUUUGCCUCGCACCGCCAGGGUUGGGGAUUCGAGUAUCGCCUCCGCCCUGUGUGUGCAGUGUUUCCACGUUCUCCCCUUGGUUCGGGGGUUUCCUCUGGGUACACCGGUUUCCUCCCCCAGUCCAAAGACAUGCAUUGUAGGCUGAUUGGCAUUUCCAAAUUGUCUGUAGUGUAUGAAUGUGUGUGUGUGUGUGUGUGUGUGUGUGUGUGUGUGUGUGUGUGUGUGUGAUUGUGCCCUGCAGUGGGUUGGCACCUCAUCCAGGGUGUCCCCUGCCUGGUGCCCCGAGUUUGCUGGGAUAGGCUCCAGGCUCCCUGCGACCCUGUGUAGGAUAAACAGUACAGAAAAUGGAUGGAUGGAUGGAUGGAUAACAUGCCACGAAAAGAAUUUUAUAAAAUCUGUCUUGGAAGCAAUAGCAAGAAGUUUAGGCCAGUCUCUAUUAUAUAACAGUUGAAGAUUAUUUAUGACCUUGUAAUUUCUGAACAUGUCAGUUAAAUAUAGAAAUAAACAAUGACCUCAAUGCUGAAUAUAUUUUAAACAGUAUAUUUUUAAAUGGUUGUUUUCUAUUUUGUUUGUGGACCUGCUGUAUAUUCUUUUAUACUUUAAUUGUGAUUGUAUAUAUACUGUGAUAACUGAAGUGACUAUAUUCGUGUUUUUUCCCCCCACAAUACUGCCUUUAUUAUUUGUUUUUUUGUCAGUCAGUAUAAAUCAGUAGUGAUUUGUAAAUUUUUUGUCACCUAUCUUUUGAAUGAAGGCAUUGAAAUUGCACAGGAACCUUGAGAUUUUGUGAUGAAAUUCUUUUCAUAUGUGGCGCCACCUACGGAAUAGAGCAAGAUCUGCUGCCUUAAUAAUAAUGACCACAAACUGGCGCUCUGUGAUUUUUUUUUUUUUUUUUUUUUUUUUUUUUUUUUUUUUCUUUUUUUUCUUGGGAUCAUUUCACUGGAUGUUGAGUGCUGACAGAAGAGCUUAAUAGAAUAACAUGCAACUUCAGAGUGAAUUAAUUUAUGAAUACAGCAUUAGAGUAGGCCGUUCCUAUUUUUAAACCAUUUUGUCUUUGUUGUAUUUUGUAUCUUUAUAGGCAAUUUGUUUGGUUAAAUUCAUAGGAUAGAUAUAACUUAGCUGUAUAUUCAUCACAGUCUUCUAAAAAUCCAGUGAAACAUCAGCACCAAAUAAAAAGAAGAUUCAGUCUUA